GACGUACGGGGCUUUGGGGACACGGAGACAGGGUCGGGGGUGGGGUCUGGGGGGCCAUGGGGUCCUGGCCGGAGGGUCGGCACCACCAUCAGAGCCAGCACCCCCCGGGACACGGGGACAGCGGCACGGGGCACCCCCAGUCCCGCGGGGGGCACUGGGGGGUUGUGGGGUACAAUAAAGGGGUUGUGGUGACCCCCCCGGCGGCCCUGCAGGGUGGGGGGCUGUGCCCUGCUGGGCCCUGGUGCCACCAUGUCCCCUCCCCAAAUGAAGGGCUGUCCCCAGCGCUGGGCUGAGCCGUUCCUGGGGGUCCCCAACACCCCCGGGACCCCCGUGACACCCCACGGGGAGGCUCCGGCACGGGGCUGGGGGGGGCGAUCAUCACCACGAGGACCCCCCCAGCCCCCUGGGGUGACCCUGGGCAGGGCAUGGGGGUCCCCACAGUGAGGACACCCACUCUGCGAGAGCCUGGACCCCCACCCCACUUCCCCGUAGCCACCCAUUGCUGCCCCAUCGCCGGGAUUUGGGGGUGACAGAGGUCUCGUGCAGUGUCCCCCCCGCCACUGCCCGGACCCCCCGUGCCCUGCGCUCCCCCAAAUCCCCCCCCGUGACCCCACAACCUUCCGGGAUCUCUUUAUGGCAUCAUCGGCAGGGGCAGCGCUUCCCGCUCGGCGCCUGCGCCCGCCGCGCCGCCGGAGCCUCCUCCGGCCUGGGCACGGCCCGAAUUGGGGGUGUCCCCCCUUCCCCGUGCUGCCACCGGAGCCCCCCCAAAACCCGCCGGACCCCCGACCCGCAGCGCCGCAGAGCGAUGGGCUGAACGCGUCCGGCUUCUUGCGGGCACGGGCCGGGCUGGGGGGUGCGGCGAACAAAGACCCCCCCCCAAAAACAGCCCCUCGGCGCGGUGCCGGGGGGGUCACCGAGCGCCCCUCGGGCCGCUGAGGGACCCCCCGGUUGUCCCCGAGGAGCCGCAGAGCCGCCGGUCCCGGUCUGAGGAGCGACAGCGCCGGGAGCAGCAGGUGCCCCCAUGGCGUCGUUCCGCAUCCGGCAGUACCAGGACCACGACUACGAGGCCGUGCGGGCGCUGUUCGCCCGCGGCAUCCUGGAGCACGCUCCGGCCAGCUUCCGGCACGUUCUGCGGGCGGCGCGGGUGCGCCUGGCGCUGCUGGCCGUCUUCGUGGCGGCGAGGGCGGCCGCGGGCUCCUGGGUGCUGGGGCUGGGCGCGGUGGCGCUGGCGCUGGUGCUGCUCUGGGUGCUGGUGCGCUCGCUCUGCGCCGACUACGUGCGCGAGGCGCUGGGCACCGACCUGUGCGACAUGCCCGGCACGUACCUGCGCCCGCCCGACUGCCGCUUCUGGGUGGCCGAGGAGGGCGGCGCCGUGGUGGGCAUGGUGGCGGCGGUGCCCACGGGCCGAGGUGAGCUGGAGCUCAAGAGGAUGUCGGUGAGCCGGGAUCACCGGGGCCGCGGGUUGGCGCGGGCGCUGUGCCGGGAGGUGCUGGCGUUCGCCCGCGCCCGCGGCUACGGCACCGUGGUGCUCAGCACCUCCGUGGUGCAGGUGGUGGCGCAGCGGCUCUACGAGGGGCAGGGGUUCCGCAGGGUGGGCACCUCGUACCCCUCGCUGCUGAGCACCUUGCUGAACUUCCAGUUCUUUCACUACCGCUGUGACUUGGGCGAUGGCAAUAAGUAGGGGGGCCCGGGCGGCGCGGUCCCGGCGUGGAGGGUCCGGCAUGGUGCCCCAAACCGUGGCACGUCAGCUCCAGCCCCGGCGCGGCGCCGCGAGCCCGGGACAUGAGGCGUCGCCGUGGCACCCGAACCCUGGCACCGCCGCUGCCCGUGAACCCUGGCACCGCUAUGGCACCCCAAACCCGGCCCCGGAACGCCACCCCAUCACUCCGACCCCAAUCCUGGCACAGCAGCACCGGCACAGCACCGCAAUCCCAGGACACGAAGCACCGCCGCGGCACCCCAGCCUGGCACUGCCUUGGCACCGUGACACCAGGACGUGUGGCACUCGCUGCCUCGGCGCCCCGGCUCCGGGAUCCACCGCAGCACUCCAACCCCGGCGCUGAAGCACCGCCAUGGCACCCCCGAUCCCCGCCCCGGCACAGGGGGCACCUCCGUGGCCCUUCCUGGAUUUCCAGCAGCAGGAAAUAAAGAGAGACCUGUAGGAA